UUGACUGGAGAUGAGGACUCGCCGCAGUGAAUGUCACGUAACGUCAGCACUUUAGCCUUUAUUUGUUCGCCUUUUGCCACUUCAGCUUGCCACCAGGGGUAGAUGGCUGUCAUUUUCGUAGCGAUUCAUGCCUGGUUAGAUUUCUUUAUUCUUCGUUAAUAUUAACAACUUCAUUACGACUUUACCUUGCCUUCAAACUGAUCGUAUAUUCGAGUACUGUCCUUCAUCAGAAACCUUGGAAUUCAUCGUCCGGCAAAGCGUGGUAGUUUUAUUGCAGUCAGUAACAAAAUGAGCGUCCGCCGAAUGAGUUGGCUAAUUUGCACAGCCCUUAUUUUCAUCAUAAUUGUGAUUGGCUGGCAGCUCAGCCAUCACGCGACUCCACUUGAUUGCACUGUAAUUAAAAAGCCAGCCAAACUGAUUUCGGCCGAAGAAAUCUACCAGUAUUUGCAUUGGACCAACAGCACGUCUUGCCUACUGGCCGUCGAUUUCGGCUUUUACGUCGUAAAGGGAGUCGGCAUUGCUGCUCCCGAUGGCCACAAGGCCGUUUGCCUUGACAAGCUGAUCGCACCCGUCUACAACAACUGCCUUGUCUAUUCCUUUGGCAUCAAUAAUCAAUGGGCCUUCGACGACGCUAUGGAACAAUAUGGCUGCCAAGUUUAUUCCUUCGACCCAUCGAUGGGCGUCGGCGAUUACGACCGCAGUCAACACAUCCAUUUCUACAACCUCGGCCUGGCAGGAGAGGACGGAUUGCAUCCGGUGACAAACUGGAACAUGAAGACCGCUUCGUCCAUCUACCAGAUGCUGGCGCGUCGUCAUGGCAACACGACGCUCAUCGACGUCCUGAAAAUGGACAUUGAGUUCUCUGAAUGGGAGGCGAUUCCGCAAAUGCUGCGAUCCGGUUUUCUAGCCAAUAAAGUCAAACAGUUGGCCGUCGAAAUCCAUUUUAAUGCUGACGAUCCUAUAGAGACUUUCAGAAAGUAUACCGGCAUCUUGCAAGAUUUAGAAUCACUCGCAGCCUCUUCUUCACGAGCUGGUAAGUUUGUCCGAUUCAGUUCGAGACCCAGUCCAGGACUUAAACGAACGGUAUCGAUUCUUGGAGGAGAAGAAGCCUAUAUCGGAAUGGAAUUGGCCUGGUACAAUUCUCGAUUUUAUUACUCGGUUGAUGAUGAAAACAAAACGCGUUUCUUCCCCUAUUUCAAGUAAUUGUUAUUGUUUUCGCAUUUGACUAUGUGCGGUGUACGUUUUACGGUGUAGCUGUUCUUGGAAUACAACACAGUUUGACAUCAGAAGGAAA